AUGGAUUUUCAUGGCGAAACAGUAUCCCUCAACCAUGAAAUCGACCACAAUCCUAAACUUGAAGACGCUGGGAGAAUCAAAGUCUAUGUGAGCAUCCUAAUGUCGGAAGAUCCUAUAAGAGAUUGCCGGCCAAUACUGGCUUUCUCCUUGCCUGCCAGAGAGUUUCAGGAUAGCCUCACGGGGUAUGGAUGGGAACAACUGAAUUGCUUAGAGGACGAUGAACGUCUCAAUGUCUCUCAGGUUGAUUUUGCGAGGACGGAACUCAGUAGACUUGUCACUUACGUCAUGUUCUACCCGGUUAACUAUUCUCCAUAUUGUGCUCUGUCAAUUUAUAUUACCUUUAAGCCCUGGAGGAGUACUCCUGCUAUGGUUGAAGUGUAUAAAUCAUUAAUGGAAGAGACGACGAUGAAAUACGAAGAGUAUAAGCAUCUCCCUAUAGAUGAGAGUGUAAUGCGCAUCCAAGAGCCGAACUGGAACGUCUUUCACUUCUAGAAGGAAACACAACCCUGAGAUUUUUUAUUUAUUUACUUAAAUUUUUUGGUGUUAUAUUUUCUCUUAUAAAUAGGAUUGAAGCUCGGUGGUGAACUUUCUCCAAGAGUUUGGGUGGGGGAAUUAGGGUUUAA